CACAGAGCCCGAGUGCCAUCUGAGGACCUGACAGAGCCCAGGCAUGAACGACAUCAAGCUGGCCCUGCUGGGGAGCGAGGGGGCCGGGAAAUCAGCUGUCCUUGUGCGGUUCCUGACCAGGCGCUUCAUCGGUGAAUAUGCCUCCAACGCCAAUUCCCUGUACCAUAAAAGACUGUCAAUUGAUGGCAGACAGUUGAACCUGGAGGUCUUUGACCCAUGCUCUCAGAGCUCGGAGGCCAGGUGUAUACUGGAGGAGCCGGUGGACUGGGCAGACGGUUUCGUGGUGGUGUACAACAUCAGUGACCGGACAUCCUUCAUCAAUGCCAAGAACAUCCUGCGACAGAUUCGAGAGGCACGCAUGGACAACUGCAAAGGAGACAUGGAGGUGCCGGUCUGUCUGGUGGGCAACAAGCAGGACCUGUGCCACGCCCGGCAGGUCCGUGAGGAGGAGGCCCGCUGCCUGGCACAGGAGAACAGAUGUCACUUCCAGGAAGUCUCAGCGGCUGAGAGCUACCAGGACAUUGCCAAUCUUUUCACCCAGCUCAUUCGGCAGGUGAUGGAGCACCUGAAGUACAGGGCCGACCGCCGCCGCUACAGCGGCUCCAAGUCUAUGGCCAAGCUCAUCAACAAUGUCUUUGGGAAGAGGAGGAAGUCUGUGUGAUGGUUUCACUGACUGGCUGAACCGGGGUCUUGUGGACAUGCACCCAAACCAGAUGCAGCUGGCCAAGACUUAGCAUGCCAUGUAUAGAUUACAUGCACAUACAAAGCUGUCCUAACAUUAAUGCUGUGUUCACUCUGCGAGCAGCUUGGUUGAUAUAUCACUCUUCUCAGACCAUGUGAGACGCUCCCAUUCCAGCUCCCAAAUAUUCAAGAUGGGCAAAUCCUGUACAUUUUUUUUUGUUGUUUUUUUAAACUUUUUUAGUGUUACCCUUCAUACCAUUACAUUGUAUGAUAUUACAUUACCUGGACAGUCUUAAAAGGCAUUUUCUCACUGCUUUAAUUAGAGUUUUCGAAAAUGUUUUUUCUUGAUAAUGCAAGUCAUUGUGAGUCAAACUGUUUCUGUUUGACAAUACAACAUGUACAUUAUAUUAUCUCACAUCGUCUAUCACUCCUCAUGUUUUCAUAUAGAGUCUUACUCUUCAAGUAGAAAAAUGUUCAGUUUUUUAGUGUCAUUUACUGUGUCUGGUGUACUUUUGUUGAUAUGUUGCACAAUUCAUUCAUCUAUUCUGUCUUUUCAAAGAUUCAGAAGAACUGACGGAUAUCAAGUGAGAACACUCAAGUAAUUCAAACAUGAAAACCAAAAAAGAGGGGAGAAGAGUUUUAAUUCUUUAAAAAUGCAAUGCAGUUGUUCCUCUCAAAUUCAGUUAUGUAACCAUGAAGCUGUAAAGACAGAAUGUAUCACGUAACCAUGAAAAAUAUUUUCAUGUAUGCAAUACCUUUCUGUCAAUGAAUGUUCCCUCUGUAAAUACUGUAAAAACAUAAGCUAUUCCAGAGGAAAUUAAAGUUAAACAUGACUUAA